AUCCUCCGUUUGUUUCCGUUUCCUUUUCAAUAAAGUUUACUUCAGUCUACCUAUAAACUUUUGCUAUAUUAUAAGAACGCCCUCCUUUGCUCAGGUCUUCACACAAGAGUGCUGAACUAGAGGUUUCUUCCACAUCUAGACCAGACUGCCUGUCAUGGGACCUGGUGGACCUGGAGGACCUGGCGGACCAGGAGGGCCCGGACCUGGAUGGGGACCAGGACUUGGAGGACCUGGGAUCUUUCCACCAAUUGGUGGUUUCUUUGCUGGAUUUUCAGACAUGAUAUGUUCCUGUCUGUCUUGUCUCUGCUGCUGCUGGCUACUACGAGAUUGCUUCGGAGGGCCACCACCACCACAAGCACCUCCACUUCUUCCUUCCUAUUAUUGAUCGCUCCCGGAGUCCUCCACAAGAAAAUAAUAAAAAGCCCUCUCUUU